AUGGCGAUUCGAGAGGACAUCGUCGCCUCGGCGCAAGCUGACAGACUUGUAGUCCUGCAAGACCCGAGCGUAGCGAGUUCGUCAAUCGAGAACCGUGUGUCUUUUCUGCGGACGAAGAACCUUACUCAAGAAGAGAUCGACGCCGCUUUGUCGAGAGUCGGCGUCCAGCCCGCUGCGGCUGCUGCGCCGGGUCCGAUGGCGGUAGCUCAGCAGCAACAACAACCAUACUAUCAGCCUUACCCUCCUCAGUAUGCAGCAUGGCAGCCGCCGCCACCGCCUCCGAAGAGGGACUGGAGAGAUUGGUUCAUUAUGGCCACUGUUGUUGGCGGUGUCAGCUACGGCGCGUACACAUUAGCCAAGCGAUAUGUGUAUCCCCUGGUUGCACCCCCGACCCCUGAGAGGCUUGAACAAGACAAGAAAUCGAUCGAGGAGCAGUUUGACAAGGCUUUCGGGCUUGUUGAACAACUUGCCAAGGACACAGAGGAGCUCAAGGCAGCAGAGAAAGAACGAACAGAGAAGCUCGACACGGCUUUGACGGACCUGGAAUCGAUUAUGCAGGAACUGAGGUCGGCCAAUACGCGGCGGGAGAUUGAGACGCAGCGCGUCAAGGAUGACGUGCAAAUCCUUAAGGACUCCAUCCCAAAGGCCAUGAACACCCAGAAGGACCUUACCGACUCGAGACUGAAGGAAGUUAAUUCCGAGCUUACUAGCCUCAAGACCCUGAUUACCCAGCGUAUGAACGCAGCAUCAUCUUCGGCAACCACAAACGGCCUGCGGACUGGCGGGAACGCGACGCCCACGUCUUCUGGACCGAACCGCUCUGCCGCCCCGGGGGGCGACAACCAGUCGGCUAGCACCGAGUCGACUACCAACUCUGAGACGCCGAAGACGACCAGCACGCCAUCCUUCAACCGGCCCUCGCCGUUCAGCGGCGCCACGGGAACAAAGGCAUCGAUUCCCGCGUGGCAGAUGGCCAUGGCUAGCAGGGAUAAAGACUCUGCAGCCUCUUCGACAACACCGAACGAAACCGGGGCAGAUAGUAGCUCGCAGCAACAAUCAGCUGGAGCUGCGUAG